CAUUUGGAACCCCCGGUGGGCUAAGUACAUAGUGGUAACCCUAUGUCCAAUAAUCCUCGUUUAUUUCGUCUAAACUCACCAAUGAUAACAAACUCCACGGACCUCCGAGUUCCUCCCGUGUCGUCAGUAACCCAUAACAAUCUCCGGAUCACCGCCCGUUUUCCCCACAAUGUUGUGAUUCUCCAACCAGUGUUCUCAGAAUCCCUAGAAUCCACAAAUAAUCAUCACCAGAAACAUCCCACGUCUCGAACAUUUAUUUAUACUCCAAUCUGAAUAAUCAUUAUUUUUGGCGUGGAACAUCGUGAGGCGUCUCCAUUUUUCCCAGUGCAAAUUUUCAUCCUGUUUCUCAGUGCAACGUUUGGCGCAACUCGUCCUUCCUUCAGUGCAAACCCUCAGCCUCUCCCAAGGGCUCAUCACCCCCUGAAAAUGGGUCUCUCUUGCGAUUGGCAAAUAACAAAGCAAAAAGUGGCCCAACGAGGUCGUUACCUACUGGAAACAGGACAAUGGUCUGAUUGUAAAUUCAUAGUCGGUCAGGAGCCUCAACAGCAAAUCCUGGAGGGUCACAAAUUAUUUCUAGCCAUGUCCAGUCCAGUGUUCGAGGCCAUGUUCUACGGUAGCAUGGCCGAGAAAACCGAUCCCAUCCCGAUCAGAGACGUCCAGCCUGAGGCCUUCAAGACCCUACUGGAAUACAUCUACACUGACAAAGUCGACCUUGGCUCCUUUGAAUUAGCCUGCGAACUUUGCUACUGUGCGAAAAAGUACAUGCUUCCUUUCCUCGUGGAGGAGUGCACAAAAUUCUUGUGGUCUGACCUGUCACCAAACAAAGCGUGCAGGGCUUAUGAGUUUGCUAAAUUAUUUGAGGAGCCUGUGCUGAUGGAGAAGUGCCUUUCCAUCAUAUGCACGAAGACGAAUGAGAUUCUGAAUGAAGCCAGCUGGGAUGAGGUGGAGGUGGGCACCAUUGUUACGAUUUUUGAGCAGGAUGAACUGCAGAUUGAUUCCGAACUUGAACUAUUUGUGGCGAUCGAGAGGUGGGCGAAGGCCGAGUGCGUUAGGAAAUCGUUAAACCCAACAGACCCAAAAGCUCUGAGAUCGGUAACUGGUAACGCCCUGACGAAGAUCAGAUUCCUCACAUUAACACCACAGCAGUUUGCUGAUGGUCCCGGGAGGUCUCUCCUCUUUUCCGAGACAGAGGCUUUCUAUAUUCUCAUGAAUAUAUCCUCAAAACAGGCGAGUAACGACAUGCCUGAGGGCUUCUCGGCGAAUCCCAUCGCCAGGAAGAAGCCCAGACCCACCCAAGGGCCUGUAAACAUCCGAUUAUCGAAGUACAAUGUCCCCAGAAGUCUAGAGUUCGCUUCGAUCUUGUCGACAAACUCUUGGCACAAUUAUCCCAAUUUGGGAUUUCCCUCUAGUUCGUUUAGCUAUCCAGCUUCAUAUGGAGCGAAAAAUGAAUCCGAGAGGUUGGACCCUUCUUGGAUGUCUUAUCACAAUCAUGAGGGUGGAACCACUAGGAAGGAGCCCUCGAGGGAAGGAGCAUCAUCCAGCAAUCCUUCGGCCCUCAUCGAGGGGGGAUUUAGGGAUGGGCCAAAAUAUUACUGCCUGAGGUCCAUGGGACAGCAGACCGACUGUCUCAAUUCCGGAGUGCUAGAUUGCUCCGUUAACUUUAGUGUCGAUAAGAAUAUAUGCGUCCUUGGGGUGCAGGUGCCCACGCAAGUCGUUUGUGAGGGAAACCCAGGACCUAGAUCAGCUGAUGGAACAUAUACCGAAAUUUUAUAUGCACAUCUUCUGGAUUCUGAAGACUCUAGACUAACGUACACCCAUUUCACUACUAAAGUGAAGACCGGAACGCUCGUGGAAAUUUCCUUCAAUCGUCCUGUGUUCAUUCAGAAAAAUAAGGUUUAUCGGGUGGGGGUCGUCUUCAAUAAGGCGGGCUGGUACCCAAUGGGUGAUUGUGUACAAAGGAUGACAUGUGAUACUGUAUUCUUUUCCUUCGGAGUUGGUAAUAACGCAGACAGCGUCAGAGAUGGUUUGAUACGUUCACUUGUCUUCACGUACCACUAAUUUAAGAAAAACAAAAAUACGAAAUAAUGUAGACUAUUAGCUACACUUGACCAUUGUGAUAUGAUACAGGCCUGCCUUAUUUCCCUCCCCCCUCCCCCAAAAAUCCACGCCAAUCAUCCCAUUUUUAAUUUCCUCUCUGAUGUCAAUUGAGGAGAAGGCAGAAUUCUUAAUAAAUUAUUGAUAUUGUAAAUCUUUACGGUACGUCCAUUACUCUACUUGAGCGCCAACACUGGCGUUUACCACACAUCAAGAAUUAAUUUGAUGAAGCAAGAUGAAUAACGAAAUUGUUUAUUCAAAAAUAAAUUCCAGGAGACUAUUAAAUGCGCAAAUCAAUAGCAAAUACCAUUGACUCGCGCAAUAACAUGUUUUAUAUGAAUCUAAAAAAUAUAUGGACCUUUCGAGACGUCUACAGCCAUUUAGAUAAAAAAAAUAUAACAUAUUUCUUCAUUCAUUAUCUGAUAUGAAAUUCCAUAAGACUAAGUGGCAAUGUUCAUGUAUAUUCGUGUAUCGAUAAAAAAAAUCUCUAGCGUAACUCAUGAUCUACAUUAAAAAUUGUGCAUAUGUAAAUCAUUAUUUAAAAGACUAUAAAAAAAUUAUUCGAUAGAACGAAAAAAGCCAAUACACAGAUCGAACAAUUGAGAAUCGAUAUAAUUCGCAAUCGGGACCGGAACGAUAUGCGAUAAUUAGUAGAGUGAUAUGUAUAUUAUAAUGUAAGAGUUAAGAUGGUUUCAAUCAUGUAAAAAGAGUUACUAAAAAAUAUAUAGAUGGAUCUCAUAUAAA